AUGGCCGACGAGGAUGGGGACGGACGAAAACUGCAAAGACAAGGGGGACCUGGGAUUGGAUUUGGCCCACGCCGACUCGCUCGUGUUGGGCCUCCUCUAGCCUGCGAUGCAGCGACAGCGACAGCAGCAGCAGCAGCAGCAGCAGCAGCAACAGCAACGGCAACGGCAACAGCAUCAAGCAGACGCAGAUGCAAGGAGCAGAGGCAGCCAUCGCCUCACCCGACUGGCGACAAUGCUCAAGCUCAGCGGCCCCCAAUUCCCGUGUCACGCCGUGCCGUUGCUACUUUGGACUUUGGACGGCCAAAGCGGUGGCACGAAGAAUGCAAAACAUUCUCUGGCCCUACCUAUUGCCUCGUUCUUGAAACUCAUGGCACACAAGCUGUCCAAUUCAUCUUCCAUGCUCAGGGCUGGCUCCUCCUGUUCGUAUCGGGAUUGGAAAUGCGGAAUCACAGUUGCGAUUUGUCACCUCGUACAGAGAUCUAUCUGAUCUCUUUCUUCGUUACCUGCCUCGGUUUGGCUGCCCUGUCAUAG